AUGAGCGGCAAAAACACCGUUUGUCUAGUAGAGGUCUUGAUCACGGCGGAUUUGCCCACUCUGGCCGCAUCGAGAUCGACGUUGGCUCCCUCCUCAUUGGCCUCUGCCUCUGCCUCCAUGUCCAGCAAUUCGACCACGUUACCAACCAGGUACGGUAAUUGCUUGUUAUUCUUGAUUUUCAGCUUGUUGUCCUCGAUCUUUUGCACCAUGGCGAUCUUCUCGUGUUGCAAACGAAGAAGCUCAGACCGAAACAAACGGAUCUCGUUUUCCAUCAUUUUUGUCCGGUUGACGAGAUCGCCCGUCGACGAGUUCAGGAUCUCUUGGUCGAUCUCCAAUUCUGGCUCGUUUUCUAGUUCCUCCAGUGUCGACAUAAUGAUAUAUAAGAUGAAAAUAUUAUUUCUUUGCCACCCUGAAAUGGACGCGCGUCGAUCGACUUUUUACGAUGUCGACGGUGUCGAUAUCCUACAGCUUACUUCGAUCAGAUGUAUCCUAUUGACACGUAAGGACUAUACAAUAACGCCUAGAUGA